UCUUAUCUGUUUUUACUGCUCAAGAAAUAUGUUCCAUAUAUCUUCUUAUGACACAAUUUGUGAAUCAUUGCGUAAUUUUGUAUAAUUUAGAUUGCUCUCAUUCCUUUUUCCACUGUUAAUUUGUUUUUCAUUUUUCUUAAAUAUUACGUACCAGAUUACAACAUUUGGAUGUUCGUUGGCCAAGCACCGAAAGUCUUCCACUUUAGAAGCGAAAGACAUACUCCUGCAUCUUGAAAGAAAUUGGAAUAUGGCUCUUCCUGGGUUUGGUGGAGAUGAGAUAAGGAUUUUCAAGAAACCGCAUGUCAAUGAGCUUCACAGGGAGCGGCUUGCUGCUGUAAAAAAGUCAAUGUUAGCUUCUGAUACUAUCAGUAAGAACUCCAGCGGAGCAUCUGGGAGUGCUAAGGGUCAUCUGGCAAAAGGACCUGCCAAUACCAUCAGUUCUCCCCCAAAUUCUAAAAUACGUGAAGCUGCAUGAGAGAAUACCGAACCAGAGUUUCUCCUCUGGUACUCACCCCUAUUAUCUGAAAAUGACCUUGAAAAGAACAUUGUUUGCAUAUAAAUAGUAUAGUUGAUGCUACAAGAUUUGCAGGUUUGAUUCAUUUUCUAGUAAUUGGUUACAAACUUACAAAUUCGGAUGUGUGUUUUCAGGAGUUUGUAGUUACUGGCUAAGUUCUGGUUUUGGUUGUUUUACCACAUCUUGAUAUGGCCUCUUAUACUUGUAUUUCUUAUGCAGGUCAGUUCGGGCAGAAUAUUUUGUGCUUGGAGUCCUGUGAAUUUAAAUGUCAGGAAAUAGCAAAAUGAGUAACAUGUGAAAAGAAAGGCACAAAGGAAGAAAAGCAGGAAUUAGGCGCAUGCAUUGUGUUUUGAUUUCUUCUUCUUCCUAAGUAGACAAGUGUUGGAUAAGGUUUUCAAGUUAAAAUGUUGGUCACCACAGAUCUUCUAAUGUUGGGUUAUCCAAUAUUGCCUGCCUGUAAUUUCACGUCACCUUCUGCCUAGUGCUCCAUUUUUUUAAUUCAA